UUUCAGUUAGAAAUGUACGGUGGAACAAGUAAUCUUAAACAACCUCAUAGCUUGAAGUCUCCUUUCGACCCAAAAAUCUCUCUUAUACCAUUAAAGCACCUCCUCCGUUGUUGAUUAGAGAUGGUUUAGGCUAUGAUUCCUAAAGACAAAACCUAAAGUAGCCAACCCAUUGGCCAUUAUUUUCCUCUGGCGUGCAGGAAAACAGGGCUUUCCUCCAUUUUCAUCAUCACCCAUUUUCCUUUCUUCUCUUCCUCCUCUGUUUUUUUUUUUUCUUUUUUUUUUUCUUUUCCCCUUUCCUGUACGCCAAAACACAUAAUACCCACAUGAAUGCCAAUACCAAUGUGAUGUUAUCUCUUUUCUUCGUCUUGCUAGGGAUUUUUAAUGGCGUUUAUUCUGCCUCUGUUCUUGCUCCACCUCCAGAUCCGCCAUUGUUGUUACGCUGUGGUUCUAAUGAGGACGCCACUGAUGAAAAUGGCCGAAAAUGGAUUUCUGAUUCUAAAUUCCUCGACCCCAAAAACACCCUAGCCGUACCGGCUGGAUUUCAAGAUCCAUCCAUGACUUCUCAGGUUCCGUAUAUGGAAGCUCGGGUUUUCACCGCCGUGACGGCGUAUAAAUUCCCGAUCAAACCUGGUAAUCGUUAUUGGCUUCGACUUCAUUUUUACCCUUCCACAUACGGACCUCAUGAUUCUAUGAAUUCUUAUUUCACCGUCGCUGCGAACGAUUUGACUCUUGUGAAGAAUUUUAGUGCUCAUAUGACUUGUCAAGCCUUCACUCAGGCUUACAUUGUUCGUGAAUUUACACUCGCAGCUACAGAAUCUGAAUCUUUGAAUCUGACUUUCACACCUGUUUCUGGGUUUGCUUUUGUUAAUGGGAUUGAAUUGAUUCAAAUGCCGGAGAUCUUUGGGGAAGCUAUAAUGGUAGGUGCAAGGGAGCAAACCAUGGAUGUAACGGGGUCGAGUAUGCAAACAAUAGCGAGAUUGAACGUCGGAGGGAGCUACAUUUCUCCAGCAAACGAUUCUGGUUUGAGUAGAGCAUGGUAUGAUGAUUAUCCUUAUCUUUUUGGUGCUUCUGAGGGUGUUGUGAUGGAAGCUUCAAAGAGGUUGGUGAUUGAUUAUAAAGAUAUGCCAAAGUAUAUUGGACCUGUGGACAUUUACAGGACAUUGAGAUCAAUGGGAACAUCUAAGGAUGUGAAUGCUAAUUACAAUUUGACAUGGUUGUUUCCUAAUAUUGAUCCAGGGUUUAUGUAUCUUGUGAGGUUGCAUUUUUGUGAUGUGUCUUUGAGUAGGCCAAAUCAGGUGGUGUUUGAUGUGUUCAUCAACAAUCAAACUGCGGAUGUGAAUGGGAUCGAUGUGAUAGCUUGGUCGGGUGCUAGGGGGGUUCCCAAAUUUAGGGAUUAUGUUGUGUUUUCUAGCGAAGCGCCAACAAUGCAGCAGAUUUGGCUGGCAAUGCAUCCUAGGAUGUCGGAUGCACCCGAAUUUGCAGAUGCUAUGUUGAAUGGGGUCGAAAUCUUCAAGCUCGAUUCAGGGAAGAACUUGGCAGGGAAGAAUCCUCAACCCUCAGCCUUUAGGGUGAAGGUUGAGGCUGAAGCAGAGAGGAAUUUUGAAACAAAGGGCAAUAAUGCUGAAGUGAUUGGUGGGGCUGCAGGGGGCGCUGCUGCUUUUGUUGUGGUUGCACUUUGCUUUGCAGUGUACCAAAGGAAGAAUAGAGUGCCAGGGAAUGAUUCACACACAACUAGUUGGCUACCAAUCUAUGGGAACUCACAUUCGAGUGGGAGCAAAUCAACAGUGUCUGGUAAGAGUACGGCCAGUAAUUUGGCUCAAGGUUUGGCUCGACAUUUCUCGCUUUCCGAGAUUUUACAUGCUACCAAGAACUUUAGUGAAUCUAAUGUGAUUGGGGUUGGAGGAUUUGGGAAGGUGUACAAGGGAGUGAUUGAUGGAGGGACAAAAGUUGCUAUUAAGAGGUCAAACCCAUCAUCAGAACAAGGAGUUCACGAGUUCCUUACGGAAAUCGAUUUGCUUUCAAAGCUAAGGCACAAACAUUUGGUGUCCUUGAUUGGUUUUUGUGAUGAAGAGAAUGAGAUGUGUUUAAUUUACGAUUACAUGGGUUUGGGAACUUUGAGGGAACAUUUGUAUAAGACCAACAACAAAACUCGUCUCUCAUGGAAGCAAAGGUUGGAGAUUUGUAUUGGAGCAGCUAGGGGACUUCAUUACCUUCACACAGGAGCACAAUACACCAUCAUUCAUAGAGAUGUUAAAACUACCAACAUUCUCUUGGAUGAAAACUGGGUUGCAAAGGUCUCUGAUUUCGGACUCUCGAAAACUGGUCCGAACAUGGCUAAUGGUCAUGUUAGCACGGUAGUUAAGGGUAGCUUUGGCUACUUAGAUCCGGAGUACUUCAGAAGGCAACAACUAACUGAAAAAUCUGAUGUCUAUUCAUUUGGAGUUGUCCUUUUUGAAGUAUUAUGUGCAAGGCCUGCUUUGAAUCCAAACCUGCCGAAGGAACAGGUAAGCCUUGCAGAUUGGGCGUUGCAUUGCAAACGGAAAGGAUUUCUUGAGGAUCUCAUCGACCCUCAUCUUAAAGGGAAAAUCACCCCUGACAGCUUGAAGAAGUUUGCAGAUGCCGCUGAGAAAUGCCUAGAUGACCAUGGUGCCGAGAGACCGUCUAUGGGCGAUGUGUUAUGGAACCUUGAAUUUGCUCUCCAACUUCAGGAAAGUGCCGAUGGUGGUUCAAGUCAUAGAUCGAGGGUACAUGAGGAAGAUACCCAGAGAAGCCAAGAGAUGGCUGCACAUUACAACAACCUCAGCCUUGGAAAUGAGCAAGACUUACUUCAAUCUAAUGAACAAAACAGUACUGCAAUCUUCUCUCAACUUGUCCAUCCGACAGGCCGAUAAUGCACGGAAACCUCUUCGACAUUGUUCAUGUGUCUCCCUCAACAAGGGGGCCUAACCAGUGAACAAACAAAAACCAUGGGAGUUCAAGCAUGUUGAACCACUGCUAUUUUGUCAAACUUCAGGGAGUGUUGUUGUAUUUAUGUUGGUAUUAGUUAUUGGGUCUUUCUGAUUGUUUUUUAUUGGACAGUAUAUGCAUUGCAAUUUGUACUUUACACAGAACAAACUUGAUCAGAUUCAAGUUCAACCUGCUGCCUAUUCCUUAUGAUAAAGUUAUAUUUACACUA